AUGUUCUCUUCACUCUUUGGAAACAAGGAGGCUCGUAUACUUGUUCUCGGCCUCGACAAUGCCGGCAAAACCACCAUUCUCUAUCGGCUCCAGAUGGGUGAAGUUGUCUCCACGAUACCGACAAUUGGAUUUAAUGUGGAAACGGUGCAGUACAAUAACAUCAAAUUCCAAGUUUGGGAUUUAGGUGGACAGACAAGUAUCAGGCCAUAUUGGAGAUGCUACUUUCCAAAUACUCAGGCCAUAAUCUAUGUUGUUGAUUCAAGUGACACAGAUAAGCUGGUGAUAGCUAAAGAAGAAUUUCAUGCUAUCUUGGAGGGUUUAUGGUCUUGCUGUAUUUCUCUUCUUCUCUUCCGCUGUCACAGUCUACAGACGUCGUGCCACCUGCCACCUACGGUAACCGUUGACCGACGAAACUACAAGAAGCUUACCACGAAGCCAAAACAGAGAGAGGUUUUCAAAGAAGAAAGGAGAAUUGUUUGUUAA